AUGGGAUUCUCAUACUUAUUCACCGCACUCCUCCUGGUCACGUCUUGCUGUUUUGCAAGAACCACUCAACGCCCGUCGAAAACCCUACCGUCUUCCACAAUUUCUCCCGCUUCUCAAACUCCCAUCCUAUUGCUCGAGAGGCAGAAUGAGCAGCGUUUCAUAGGUUGGGUCUACAGCAGUGGUGAAUGGGAAUCAAGUGGUUGUUCCGGCGAUCAGGAAACGCUGUAUUCAGAUGGAUACCGUUUCGCGUGUUGCACUUCUGAUCCUUGCAAUCCGGUAGUCUCGUGCAGCGCCGGCAGCAUUAUUUCGGAUAGGGCAGGCGGUAUCAAGGCCGAGACAUCCGCUUGCUCCGAUGUCCUUGGAAACAAGUCAUUCACCGUUUGUAACACCGAUCUGUUGUAUGAGAAUACCCUCGAUUCGACUCCGGUAACGCGAGUACGGUGCGGUAAUAAGGCUGAAAACUGGUCAUUCUACAGGCACAAACCCCAGGAAACACAUGUUGAAUCUUCGGCCACAUCGUCACCGGAACUUUCGACUACUAUUCCUCCGGUUGUAAUCGUAACGGUAACCGCUUUACCUCCAGCUCAGAGGAGCAAUGAUAAAAGCUGGAUUGCUGCCGCGGUCAUUUUACCCCUUGCCCUUGCAGGAGGCGUCCUCUACUUUCUCGUAAGCAGAAAAAGAAAGAAGGCAUCGUCUUCUGGCCCUCACAUCGGCACUCCAGAGCCCGCUUAUCCGGGGACCCACGAGCAAAAACAUGACAGCUACCUUGCGCCCGCUUUCGAUCCAGCGACACCACAUGAGCUUCUCCCUUCAGAAGCCACCGAAUUGGAAUCGCCCCACUCACCUGCUCCAGCGGACAUUCCGCGUCCGUCAUCAGAUCAGCAGAUUCAGCGGGAUUCUCUGCCUCCAAGUCUUCAGAUCAAGUUUUCGCCAGUAGCCGAGAGUCCCUUGCCCUUGGGCGUAGAUGAUGCGGUUCAGACUCUGGGGCACACAUCGCCCUGUGAACCAGAUUGUGAUAUUACGCCUGAUCGACAACCUGAUGAGCCUGAUACGAGGUACCCCGAGCUAGUGACGAAAUAAAGAUCCAAGGACUGUGUGGAGUCCAUGUCGAAGUGGAUACUGAUAGUCCGGUAUUCUUAUUAUGACUUCCAGGGGCAGAACAUAGCCCGUCGCACGCAGUACUCAGUCUCAUUCAUGGGGGAUUUAAUGUAAACGGGUGCUUCAGGUGACCUGGGUUAGGGUGCGCACUAUUCAGACUGCCCAACUAAACCUGAUUGCCUUGAGUAUA